CUCACGGAUGCCUGUGGAUACCUAGCCGAUGAAUGGACUGACGAACGAACGAACGAACCGACGUCUGAAUGGAUGGUCGUUAUUUGAAGCAGCUCCGCACGGACGAGUGGGAGCUGUGUCGGUGUCCUUUCAUCUGGAGCUUUAGGUCUUGUCCUCUGGCGCAUGAAGGGACGUACGUAGAGAUAAACGCCCAUCUUUCGCGGUUUUCUGCGUCUAUCGCCAGCGACCUUCGCAGACCUCACACAGUUGUCGUCUAUCGCUCAUCACCGCCUCCGCAUUCCUCAAAUCACAGCCAUAGUCGCACUCACACCUGUACUCAUGACCGCGUUCGACGUCGCAGUCUCAACCUUAAUCACCCCGAUUUUUUCUUCGCCACCGCCACCACCUCAUCUGGCACGUCCACGUCCAACCUCCACACCAUACCCGUCCUCAACAACUCGCGCAACAGCCGAAGACAAAAGUUCAUCCGUGGUCGGAGACGCGGUGUAUGCAUUAUCGGGCCGAGGAAGGGAGCUGCGCGCGAUGGUUUUCCUCGUGAGACAUUCCUGAAGGCAUCGGAGCGGGUUGGAGGGGCUCAUGAGUCGUGAACAGUUUGGAGGCGGAUUGUAGGUCUCCUGUCAGGGCUCAAAUGAGUACAUGAUGGGUAUGCAUUUGGCGGGAUGGAAGUGAGUGGGGGUAUAAGGGAAGGAGUUAUUGGAGUUGGGGAAUUAGGAGGGCUGACUGUGGCGUGAGCAGUACGUUUCGCACCACGUCUCUUGGUUAUUGAAUUUUUUAUUUACCCGCAUUUGAUUGUAUCCAUUGACGUAUAUGCUUUCACAUCGAUGAUGAGCCGCAUGUC